UUAACUUAUAUUGAAGUUACAGUACUAUAGAGGAUUUGCUCCUCUUCUUCAAACAUUGACAGCACAUAUUUAACAACUCCCAGGACCAUGGAAAACUCUACUCACUACGAGGUCUUUAGGCUUGCUGCAUACGGUGAUAUCGGACAAUUGAAAUAUUUCUACUUUACUGUAGUGACUGUUUUAUAUCUUGUCAUCAUUCUUGCCAAUACUUUACUUAUUGGAGUUAUCUGCAUUGAAAGAAGCCUUCAUGAACCCAUGUAUCUGUUUCUAUGUGCUUUGUUUGUUAAUCAGUUGUAUGGGAGCACUGGUUUGUUUCCUGCUCUCAUGUUUUACUUGCUGUCUGACACACAUGAUAUUUCCCUUCUCUAUUGUUAUCUCCAGAUUUAUGUGUUGUACACAUAUGCUAUAACAGAAUUUAGUAAUUUAUCAGUUAUGUCCUAUGACAGGUACAUUUGUAUUUGUUAUCCUCUACAGUAUAACAAUAUUAUGACACCUAAAAUAGUUUUGGGCUUAAUUCUACUGCCCUGGGUGUAUUCUUUUUUCAUCAACGCCAUCGUUAUCUCCCUGAGUUUGCGACUGCAAUUUUGUGGUAAUGUUCUAGACAGAGUGUAUUGUGACAACUACUCGAUAGUCAAGCUUGCCUGUUCAAAUACUACACUGAAUAACAUAUGGGGUCUUGUUGGCACUGCGCUUUCUUUUUCUUGUACUAUAUUUCCUACCAUAUACUCAUAUGUAAGAAUUCUACAAAUUUGUUUAAAGUCUUCAAAAGAGACAAAACAGAAAGCAUUUAACACCUGUUUGCCACAUAUAGCCUCUAUGCUGAACUUCUCCUUUGGCUGGUUAUUUGUGAUUCUGCAAGGCAGAUAUGAUACUGCACAUCUUCCACCUAUACUUCGCACUAUUUUAUUAGUUUAUUUUCUAAUAUGUCCACCACUUUUCAAUCCUAUUAUGUAUGGCAUUAGGAUGACUAAAAUCAGGCAGGCUUGUAAAAAGGUAUUGAGGCUUUGACCUAAAACAUAAUCUGAUUGUUAUUUUUUUGGUAAUAAUUAAUUGUGUGUUGCUGCUUUUUU